CGGCGAGGGAGCACAGAAGGAGGCACACUUGGAAUGGAAUGCGUUCCCGCGAGAUUUCGAGGAGCUUACUUGAGUAAAUGCCACGUCUUACCAGCAGCAUCACCGCAGACAGAAAUAAUUAGCUGUUUGCCAAACAUCUUGCACGCAGGACAGAGAGUUAUCCAGCGGCCCAACAGGCAGUAAUAUCUGACACAAUCCGGGCAUAAUAUGGGCUGUGUACGUCUGCUGGCACUGACGGUGGUCACAUCUGCAAUUCUCCUGUUAGCCUCCCAUUCAACCAUCGCUCAUAGCCAUUCCCAUGGCGACCAUGGACACGCCCACUCCCACGGCCACCACGGCCACCAUGGCCACCAUCACCACGGCCACUCCCACGGAGAAGACGAUCACGAUCCUCAGGUGAAGAUGUUCCACGGAGCCAGCAAGUGGAGCGCCGAGGCCAACCUCCCUCUACAGGAAGAGGAGCACCACGGACAUGCACACUCUCAUGAUCACGGACACGCACACUCUCAUGAUCACGGACACGCACACUCUCAUGAUCAUGGACACGCACACUCUCACGAUCACGGACAUGGGCACGCUCAUCAGGAGGAUGUUGUUUGGGUGCACAAGGAGGAGAGUGGACACGGGCACUUACACAGUGGGGAGAGGGUGAAGAGGGACAUCGUGGAGCUCUGGACGCAGGCUAUCGGAGCGACCCUGCUGAUCAGUGCGGCUCCUUUCCUCAUCCUGUUUCUGAUCCCAGUUCAGUCCAACAGUGACCAGCACCAGAAUCUGCUCAAGGUGCUGCUCAGCUUCGCCUCAGGUGGACUGCUGGGUGACGCCUUCCUCCACCUUAUACCACAUGCUUUGGAGCCCCACUCUCACCAUGAAGAAGGCCACGGACACUCGCACGAAAGCGAAGAGUCACAUGACCAUGGUCACUCCCACGGAGCUGCCCACGGUCACAUGAUGUCAGUGGGUCUGUGGGUUCUUGGUGGGAUCAUCGCCUUCCUGGUUGUAGAGAAAUUUGUGCGUCUGCUGAAGGGAGGGCACAGCCACGGACAUUCCCAUGGCCACUCACAUGAUGCUCCCAAGGAAAAGGACAGUGAUGGAGAAGAAGAAAAGGAGAAGAAGAAGAAAGAGAAUAAAGAAAGCAAAGACAAGAAGGUGCCAAAGAAAGAGGAGAAGAGCACAGACAUUAAGGUGUCAGGUUACCUGAACUUGGCAGCUGACUUCACACAUAAUUUUACUGACGGCCUGGCAAUCGGAGCUUCGUUCCUGGUUGGUCCAGCAGUUGGCGCUGUCACCACCCUCACCAUCCUGCUGCACGAGGUCCCGCACGAGAUCGGAGACUUUGCCAUCCUUGUCCAGUCUGGCUGCACCAAAAAAAAGGCCAUGUGUCUACAGCUGCUGACAGCCCUGGGAGCUCUGGCUGGCACAGCUUGCUCCCUAUUGGCUGAGGGCGUGGGCGCUGCGGCGACAGCCUGGAUCCUGCCGUUCACAGCCGGGGGGUUCGUUUACAUCGCCACAGUGACCGUGCUCCCAGAACUGCUGGCGGGCCGCUCCAGUUUCGGCCAGUCUCUAAUGGAGAUCCUGGCCCUGCUGUUCGGAGUCGGCAUGAUGGUGCUGAUCGCCGAGUACGAGUGAGUUAGCAGAGUGGACAGAAGCUCCUUACAGAGUGAGACAGGGAGGGAGGGGACAGAGAGACAGAGCGGGAAAAGGUCAAAAAUGGAUGAAAAAAAUGGCGGUUUUAAGUAGAGUUCAAGUGGAUAAUUAUUGUCGGGUGUGUUUUCUUGUUUUUUAUUAAUUCUGUUUUGGGGACAAACACCACCUAUUGAUGGCGAAUGGAUGAUUUUUGUUAUGUAUUUUUUUAGCAGGUCACAUCCCGGAUUUGUGUUAAUGUUUCUUUUUCGGCUUCUUAAAAAGUGCUCAGCAGUAGACUGAGAACUGGAAAGAAACAACCUGACGGUAAAGUUUUUGAGGACUGCUGUGUUGUUCACUGAAGGCCUCCAUCAUGACAGGAGGUGAAAUCUUUCUGUCCGCCGGUCCCAAAAUUCUCUCACCACUUUCACUACAUGGAUCAUUCAGCGACAGUUUUACUGCAGCUUAAACUGACAGCCGGUCCCCUCCAAAAGUGGCUUAAAGUAGAUACAUUUUCUAUCAUUUGACAACAUUUCAGAGUCGGGUCAGUGAAAGAGCAGAGAAAGUGAUGGUCUGGCUCAGCUUUUCUCUCUACAGUGACCUGCUCACUUAUGUGUUUAAUGUCUGUUUCAUUUGGAGAUAUUGAAUGUUAAUAUUUUUACAUUCCACAAAAUAAAAGUAAAUGUUGUGGCUUUUACAGAUGUGCUCAAAAUGGCAUCAUGUUUACUCUCAAAUCAUUAAAAUCGUUAUGAAAGUAAAAGUUGUUGAACCUUUAACACUCCUACUCUAUUAUUUUUUUUCCAACUGAGGGAUCAAAACGAAUGGUGAAAAUACUGACAGCUCUGAACAUCCCCAAUAAAGGUUCAUCAUUUUCAGUGAUUACUUUUCAGCAUAUUCUGUCGUUAAAGACACGUAGUGCAUGUAAUAUGAGAUAAGUCUAUAAAUGGUUGAAUGGCCUGUUUUUAAUUUAAAGUUACUGCAAGGAACUUUCAUUUUGUGUUGAUUCUGCCGGCCCCUGUGGACAAAAGCAGUAGUGUUUCCACCGGCUCGUGCCGUAAAGAUCUUGAUCUGGCCAGCACAUGCAUUUGUUUUGGAAGCGAGUAAAAGAAAGACGCAACUUAUUUUUAUUUUUUAAGCAGCUGUUUGCAGGAUGCACAUCGAUGAGGUAAUGUGUCUAUUUGUGGCGAUGUAAGAUUAAUAAGUAAUAUGACAAUGGUGAAACAAAGUAACCUUUGUUUAGUACCAUUCAUAGACCUAGGUUAGAGGCCUACAACUAACAGAUUCGGUUGCUCGGUAAUAGUAAUUUUGUUGAGAAAGUUAUCAACAUUCCCUAGGGAUGUUAUGUCUUCAUAAUAAUAAACCAACAUCAAGAUAUAGCUUGAUAGCAAGGCCAUUAUAAAAUGUUAUGUUAUUAGCCAGUUGUAUUACAGUAAUGUCCACCGUGACCGAUACCUUCAUGGUCUGUACACAGCCAUUUGUAUUAUAUGCUAAGGUGCAAACUAACAGCUGUAGGCAUAGACAUAUUGCAUAACCUGUAAGAGGGCCAAUUCAGGAUCGGUUUUGAAUCCUUUCAAAUCCCGCAAUUCUCUCCAUCUGGUGAAUGACCAACCACGGCUGACUCGUGUUUUUGCCCGUGCUCUGUCACUGUCCAUUUUAGCUUUUCUUGUUGUUCUGUCAAUUCUUUUCUUUUUCUUUUUACUGAUCCUGCCCUAGUAUCAGCCAUAACCACAAUAAAAUUAUGUCAAAAAUAAAAUUCAUUAAAGAAAA